AUGGACGCACGUGGAUGGGUCUUUCUUCUGGCUUGCCGAUGCGUUCGUGCUUUGACUAGUCAGCCUCGGUUGAUGAGAGUUGACGUGUGCAACUUUCAACGCGACUCUGUGGCGUACAGCUCGUUCCAGAAGGCUCGGCAAAGCGGUGGUUCCCGGCUCAUUGGCACUUGGGAGAACGUCGUCACUUCAUUUGCCCCCGAAGUCGUCAUCUCGCCAGCUCACCCUUCAAAAGCAAAUUGGCAUUUUUCUUGGCUCCAGACUGUGCACUGGGACUACGUGUCUUACGUCUUGCACACACAGGGGAGCUUCGAUGUCGAUGCUGAGACUGUGCUCCUGUCCAACAUGAUACUUGCAUUCACAAAGCUUGCUGUCAUGGUUGGGCAUGAGACUUGGGGAGUGCCGGGCAGCAUGGGCCAGGACAUGGUUGAGGAGUUCACGAAUGAGGCUUCCUCAGUUGUGAUGGAGUCCGUGAGGUGGCUCGAUGCUGCGGCCUCGCAAUUUUUUGAGUCUCGUAUGGGAGACAAGACGGUCAGCAUCUUCGGAAUGCUGCAGUGGUUGAGCACAUUGUUCACUUUCCAGCGGCGUCGAGACAUGAAACAGCUUGGAGGUGUACGGCAUCCUUGCAGGACCGCAAAAAGGCCAGCCGUGAACAGCACUGCAAAGGGAGGCUUGUGGCACGUGCUCCUGGGAGACUUACUAACGUGCUUGAAGAGUCGACAGCUGAUCAGAGAUGGCAAAGUAUCGAGGCCGCUGGCGUGGGUCCUGGAUCUGGGCCGGCGCUACUGGGCACCGCUCCACGUGGCCAUGGCCGAGGCGGCCGGAACGGAGCCUUACCUGCUUCCCUUUCCCAGCGCCCUGCAGCCACGGCCGCCAGCGCACCGAGAUCCUCGGCGCUUGCCGCUGGCGGAGCUGUGCGCCACCGGGAGGCAGCAACGCCAGCUUCAAAGGUCCGCUGUCGGAGGAGUGCCACUGCCAACGGAGAGCCCGAUGGUCUCUGCCUACCAGCGUGAUGGCACCCGCGUUACUGUGGUUACAGUAGCUACGGGCUUGCCGAACAGCGCUGAUUCUUCGAGGCCCUCGUCAGAUCGGUUGGCGUACCUUCUCGACUUCCUGAUUUACGUGGAGAAGCCUCGUGGUGAAUGCAUCCGUCGGGGUCGCUGUGGUGACAAGAAUCGGACGGUCUACACUUGCGGUCCGCACGCAGCCCUCUUACCUGAAGUGUCCCUGAGAAAGUGGCGGUGCCUCUUUCCGACCGGCAAGGAGCGGUGGGUAGAUGCUUAUGCUGUAAGCUUCUUCCGGCAAGCUGCUACCAUCAGAUGUCCUGUUCCGUCGGACGUUUCCCUGUCCCUCGAGGGCCCACUGCUUGUGGAGCUUCAGGCCGAUUCGCCUUAUGCCGGCGCUGAAGCCUGGAAGAUUGCGGCGGACGUCUGUGCGAAGCUGUCCGAAGGGGCUGGUGCGGAAGCUCCGGAUGCGGUAGUUGCUGAGGAUGCUGCCGACGCGGCUGCGCGACUGGCGAUUUGCGUCCAGCCUGCAUGGGACAUGCCCGACUUGGAAAGGAGCGUGCCGCGGCUGAUUGAGACCUUCCUGCGUUACUACCAACUGCUUGGUGCUGACAGCUUUACCUUCUACGACUUCGACGGGUCCUUCGCUAGCCACCCCGAGAUUGUGGGCCUGCUUGCUACAGGCAAGCUGAAGUACUUCCCUCGCUUCAUGAAAGCUGUCUCGGAGCUUUUGGAAGACGCCUGGAAUCUGAAGCUUGUGAAAGGGCAAACAGGUUCUCGAGCCAGCUUUAUUCAGGAGCUUACCUUGAACCAUUGCGUGUUGAACUACCGGAGCGCGGCGGACUUCGUCCUGCUGGCCGACAAGGACGUGUUCCUGGCGUUUGGUCCAAGCAUACCCGUUUUUCCACAGGCGCGGGGAUGUUGGCGCGAUGCCGGAACCACUUCAACCUGUUGUUCCGGCACAGGCCCACAUGCAAGGGGCAGGGUCCAUUUUCAUGGCAAGACCCCGUGCUGGGAGGGAUCACGGACUUUUUCGAAAUGCUGCUUGGAGUACAUGCCCGAAGCCCCCAUGCCCAGUCCCUGGCCGGAGUUUUUGAAGAGUCGCUCGCCAGAGUUCUGGCGGGCUGUUGGCACCAUCGCCCUGGGCGUCUGUGAGUUUGCCGUGCCUUCGUCUCUGAACACCUCGCAAACAGGAUCGGGGUGGUCAUUCUCCUCCCACAUCUGGCGCCCGAAAAGUUGUGAGUCUCAGUAUUAUCAUUUGGUCAGCCCGUGGCGCUUCAUGUCCCAGAACUCCGAGUGGGUAAGAUUGAGGCCGGGGAGUGUGAGAUACUACGUGGACAGUGAGGCUGCCCGUGCCAUGCACCUCGUGAAUCUUCACAAGGUCAGGUGCACCGAGCAACGAAACGACUACGGCAAUGGGAGGCAGCCGUGCAACUGGCCGGAUUUUGGCCUGCGCUGGUCGCUGCCCGGCUUGCCAGGCUCAGAUCGCUCAACAGCUCUAAACUUCACAUCCUGA